UUCGCUAUCGCGUUUUAAGUGCGACGAACGUGUGUUACAAGUUUACUCAAAUGGCAGUUGCAAUUAAUAAAGGUAUAUUCAUAGUAGCGGCGAAAAGGACACCUUUCGGCCGAUAUGGCGGGGCCCUAAAGGACACGCACCCCGCGGACCUCUUUGCUGCGGCCGCUAGAGAGGCGCUCAAAGCUGGCAACGUGCUGCCCGCGGCAGUAGACAGUGUGGUGGUUGGGCAAGUUAAUUCUAUAAGUGGAUCUGGAGAUGGGGCCCUAGCCGCUCGACACGGGGCCCUGAAGUCCGGAAUCCCGCAAGAGAAACCUACGCUCGGUGUUAAUAGACUAUGUGGCUCUGGUUUCCAGGCCAUUGUUAAUAGCGCUCAAGACAUUCUAACAGGAGUGGCUCAAAUAUCUCUAACUGGUGGUACUGAAAACAUGUCCUCUGUCCCAUUCGUGGUUAGGAACGUUCGUUUCGGCACUGCUCUAGGAGCACAGAUAGAGUUCGAAGACGCGCUAACAAGGUCCUCUUUGGAUACCUUCUGCAACUUCACUAUGCCGCAAACAGCUGAGAAUCUUGCGGAGAAAUAUAAGUUACAAAGAGGCGAAGUUGAUGAGUUCGCGUUGCAGUCACAGAAGAGAUGGAAAGCAGCGUUUGACAGUGGAGUAUUCAAAGAAGAAAUGGCACCCGUUGCUGUGAAAGUAAAAAAGCAAGAGGUGCUUGUGGAGAGAGACGAACAUCCCCGACCGGAGACCACUGCGGAGGCGCUGCACAAGCUGCCGGUGCUCUUCAGGAAAGGAGGCGUUGUUACUGCUGGAAACUCUUCGGGUGUAAACGAUGGAGCUGGAGCUCUCAUACUUGCUAGUGAAGAGGCAGUAAAGCAGCAUCAGCUCAAACCUUUGGCCAGGCUCGUAGGCUGGUCCUAUGUUGGUGUAGAUCCUAGCAUUAUGGGCAUUGGGCCUGUACCGGCUAUCCAAAACUUGCUCGCUGCCACUAAAAUGUCGAUGAAUGAUAUUGAUUUGCUUGAGAUAAACGAGGCGUUCGCUGCGCAAACGCUAGCUUGCGUGAAGGAAAUGAACUUAGACCAAAGCAAGUUAAACGUGAACGGUGGAGCCAUAGCCAUGGGGCAUCCCGUCGGGGCCUCCGGAGCUCGGAUCACGGCACAUCUUGUACAUGAGCUAAGACGGCGCGGUCUGAAACGGGCGAUAGGCUCUGCCUGCAUUGGUGGUGGACAGGGCAUCGCUCUGCUUGUGGAGUCGGUGUAGAAGAUUCUUAUAUGCAAAUUGGAUGAAAAAUCAUAUUAAAUUCAUACAGCAGCAGCAUACAGCUUGACACUGAUAUAAUAGGAAUUAGCUGUGAUUAAAGUGAAAAUUGUUAUCUUUGUCUGAAAGUACUUAAAAUGUUAUAAUAUUUUUCUAGGAAUGUGUAUUUUUUGUAAAGAUUUUUGUAAUUUUUAGAGUAACUAAGUAAGUAAAUAAAUAUUUUUAUUUUAUAA